ACUUCAGGCUUUGCUGGAAACCAGCCCGGAUCCCUUGGGUGUAGAGAGAGUUGUGCAAGUCUCGUUUGGGACACUGCCUCUCAGACUGAGAGCAGCAUCUAACAGCAGGGGCAGUCAGUCAGGCAGUGUACAUAAACCACUCUACCGGGGAGUAGUUUCAAUGUGCACUUCGGAUAGCCUAAAGCAGAAGUGAGAUGUCAUGGAAAUAAAGACCUUCAUCUUCAUUAUGAGAGCAGUCCCUGUAGAAGUCGAGUAGCCAAGCCCACUAGAAGUCAGGAGGGAAAGCCUAAAGGAUCCAUCAACACACGGAUCGGCGCUGGAACCGCCAGCGUGUUCCUGCUGCUGUUAAAUUGUGUGGAACAGCGUCUCAGACUGUCGACAGUUCUGCAGAAUAGCAACAGCUGCAAGGGUUAGACUUUCUGCCUUGGAGACACGCAGAAACACCGGCCCCUGGAUAGUCGUGGGUGCAUGGAAAUGUUAGAUCUGGUGAUCCAACACAAUCUGACUGCAAGUAUUGAGUGCCCCAACAAUUCAGACUUCCAGGACACUCAUAUCAACAACAUCGCAGAAGCAUCAAAUGGCAAAGCAGACAAAUCAGAGUCAAUGAGCAUCAGUGAGCUUACAACAACAACCUUGGAACACCUCUCCAAUCCAGCUAAUAGAAGUGAUAUCUUCAGUAAAAGGCAACCCCAUCAGUUUUCACCCCAGAUUUAUACAUCAAAAUCAUACCCCCACAUUAUUCCUGCGCCUUCCCUCCACGGCAUGGCUGCCUAUGGACAAGCUCAGUACUCUGCAGGGAUUCAGCAAGCUGCUGCUUAUGCUACCUACCCGCCACCAAGUCAACCCUAUGGAUUACCGUCCUACAGCAUCAAGACAGAAGAUGGUCUGAGCCAGACACACUCACCCGGGCAGACGGGAUUCCUUGGCUACGGCACCAGCUUCAGCACACCUUCGCCAGGGCAAGCACCUUACAGCUACCAGAUGCACGGUAGUGGCCUGACAGCAACGUCAGGGAUUUAUCAGGGAAACAACACAAUCACCAGCUCUACAGGAUUUAACAGUGCACAACAGGAAUACGCUACAUAUCCAAGCUUCUCACAAGGACAAUAUCCACAGUAUUACAGCUCUCCAUACAGCUCUCCAUAUGUAUCGGCAAACAGCAUAAGUCCAUCAGCCAUUUCCGGCAUGACCUAUCAGAUACCGGAACCACCGAUCGCUGUAACUAAUCAAACAAGUGUAGAGUCGAUGUCAGGAGAUUACAGUACCGUCAGUCGACCAAGGACCCCUGUGAAAGAUUUGGAUUCAGAUCGACAACGGAGAAGCUCGGAUGGAAAGUUGCGUGGAAGAUCGAAAAGGAACAAUGACCCAUCCCCUCCAUUGGACACUGACAUUGAGCGGGUUUUUGUGUGGGAUUUGGACGAGACCAUCAUUGUUUUCCAUUCUUUACUCACGGGGACAUAUGCUACACGAUAUGGAAAGGAUACACCCACGGCAGUGUCGCUUGGAUUGCGAAUGGAGGAGAUGAUUUUUAAUCUAGCUGAUUCACACUUAUUCUUCAACGAUUUAGAGGAGUGCGACCAAGUCCACAUUGAUGACGUGUCUUCAGAUGACAAUGGGCAGGACCUGAGCACAUAUAACUUUGCAACAGAUGGUUUCCAAACAGCCGCAGUUGGUGGAAACCUUUGCAUAGGCUCUGGUGUGCAUGGGGGUGUAGACUGGAUGAGGAAACUAGCAUUCCGCUACCGUCGAGUAAAAGAAAUGUACAAUACCUACAAAAACAACGUUGGCGGUUUAAUCGGGACACCCAAGAGGGAAGGGUGGCUGCAGCUGAGGGCAGAUAUGGAGGCUCUGACUGACCUGUGGCUGACACAUGCACUGAAAGCACUCAGUCUAAUUAACUCGAGAUCAAAUUGUGUGAAUAUUCUGGUCACAACAACGCAGCUGAUACCUGCCCUGUCCAAGGUGUUGUUGUACGGACUGGGCACAGUCUUCCCUAUAGAAAAUAUCUACAGCGCCACAAAAACAGGGAAGGAAAGCUGUUUUGAAAGAAUAGUUCAAAGGUUUGGAAGGAAAGCAGUCUACAUUGUGGUGGGGGACGGUGUUGAAGAAGAACAAGCAGCAAAAAAGAACAACAUGCCCUUCUGGAGGAUCUCGUGCCACGCGGACCUCGAGGCCCUACGGCACGCUCUUGAACUCGAGUACUUGUAGCAGAGGAGAGGCUGCAUCUUGGCUCCUUGACUGUGGUGCCCGUCCAGCUAUGAGAUGCGUGGAUUAUGCAGUUGACGUUUGCUUUGUCUUAACCCUCACGGAAGAAAAACAAAAAUGGCUUCAGAGUUAAGAAUGAGAUCUGACCUUUCUACACAAAAAAAAACUCAAAUCGUUUUAAACCACUGCACCACUGUCUUCGUUAUGGAAAUGCGCCUUUAUUGAAAAAAAAAAAGACACAAACCUGAUAUGAUGUUAACUACAAAGUCAACUGAACCCUUCGUUAUCAUCGAGACUUUGCUGUGAACACCAUGGGGGAGGCAGUGACUUGUGGUUAUAGACAGCGUGGUACAAUCACUGUUUUUUUUUAAUGGUUCUUGCUAUUUAUGAACUCCUGCUUUCUCCCCCCAAUAUGAACUGUGCUCAGUGCAAGCACACUUGCCCCUCCCAAUGGAAAAUACAGUAAGUUCUUAUUUAAAAAACCUGCUAUUGCUAAGACAAUCAAAAGACAAAUAAUCUUUUUUUUUUGUGUAAAUUUGUAAUCUUACGAUAUCUCUCUCUCUCUCUCUCUCUCUAUCUCUCUAUCUCUGAUACUGCUCAAGUUGUUUUCAAAUAGUAACUGCAAAUAGCAACCUGUGAGUGUUUUUAUUAAAGAUAGGUGUCCUGUGGACUGUGCAUGUGUCUACACUCUACCUUAUGUCACCACCUUGUUGAUCAACACGUGCAGUUGGUACUUUUGUGACAACAAAUCUUGUGGUUAAAUGGCAUUGAAUAAACAAGAAUUUGAAAUUUU